UGAGACUGUUCUGAGCCCAUAUCAGCACAACAACGGUAGAGACGAGAAACUGCGACACCUAGCAGAAAGAAGAAUGGAGAGAAAUUUGUGAACAUCAUACCAUAAAUCAAAAAUAUUACCUCAUGUAUCAUAUAUGGAGAGUUAAUUUGCAAAAAUGGAUAAAAGCCGAUCUUAAAAUGAUUAAACAAACGCCCGUUUGAUACUCCUGAGUGCACACAAACAACGUGACAUGGAAAAGUAAUUAACUAUGGAUAUGUUAUUGAUCACCCCUCGAAUAUGUUCUCUUACAUGUUAUGAAAUAUAUUCUCUUAAAGGUAGGGUUGGUAAGAAGAACGGAGAAACCAGCUCGAGUGCGCUAGAAUUUGAAAGUACGCAGCCGAAAAAAAUCUGCCCCUUCCUUCAGACUUCCUUACAGAGCCCCUCCUCCAACACACACGAACGCGCACAUGACCAAUGAGGGCACGAGAUAAGUUUGUGCACGAGAUGGAAGGCUGACAAAAACGGGCGAAUAGUGGCACUUUGGGCUUUCCAUAUGGCAGGCAGGAUACACGAUUAUUACCUACCCUAACUUUAAAUGAUGUGGUAAACGGAAUAAUUACGUCUACGCCGUUUUGUAUUCCUAUAGGUUGUACAGUAAAUACUAGUGCAUGGUUUAUACUAUAACCAGUAAUUUUGUUUACACAUUUAUGUAAAUUGUUAAGCAUUUUAAAUACCCUGACAAUAUUUGCGUAAACAAAAAAAAAUGGUCUUCAAUUGAAAAUAAAUAUGUUAUUUAAACACCAAUAGCCUACUACAGCCAAACGUAACUAUGAAAAUAAUAAAAAAAAUGGUAGGAUUAUUUUUAUGGGAAUAUAGCCAUUAUAGCAAUCGCUUAAUCAUUAGUUUUACUGUUUUGCCUGGUGGGCUGAAGAUGAUCUUUUAAUUGGAUCCUACACUUUAUACACUACACUGAGUCUAUGAUCAUAAACAGCACCUGAAGGCAGCUCGAGGGAGCGCAGCGUGCUGACGUCAUACCUACGUGUCCCUGCUACAGCUCAGCAGAAGACACCAGCCUCCAUCAGUACUCCAGUCAUCGGUGCAUCUAUGUCGGCAGUCCACGGCGGGGAGCACAGACCCCGCGGUGAACACUCUCGAGGCCCCGGAGGACUCGUGCUGCUGGCCCUGGUUCCUGAAUAGUUUUGCUUUAACAGUUGUUGGUAUUUUUUCGUUUUUUCGAGUCUUCUCCUGCCUCGCUAGGGGAUGUAUGGGGAAUGAUCCACGCAGACCUUCCUCCUCCGCCUCCUCGGUAGCUCCGUGUCCCGGCUCAGGCCCCGGAGCUCUGCCCGGGAUGAGGACCCUGCUCCCUCGGGCUGCGGUGCUCGCGGCCCUACUGGCGCUCAGUUCCUGCCUGACAGGAUCUCACCUGUGCCCUCGGAGUUUAGACUGUGCCCGGGCAGGACGUGGCUUCUGCCCCCCGGGCGGCUCCCACUGCGGGCCCUGCCUGCGCCCCCUACUGGAGAAUGCCCACGGCCGCUGUGUGGUCGAGAGGAGGCACGCUGCUCACAACACUAAAGGUAAGGUGAGCACCUAUCCUGAGCUGGAUGAGGAGAUCAACUUCCUGUCUGCCAUCAUCAGUGAACAGAGAACUCUGUCCAGGCUGCCAGCAUUCACCACAGAGCAGCCCAGGAGCCAGAGUGUCCUGCCCACCAGUGCGGCGCCAACCUUCCCUAUCUCCGAAACCACCUCCAGCACAAACCACACCACUGCUCUGCUCAGCGAUCCCAUCAUCCUCCCGUACCCCCCCCAUGACCAGGUCUUCAUCAUCCUCUGCAGUGUCUUCAUGGUGGUGGCUUCGAUGGCUCUCAUCACAGCAGGCGCCUGUUGGCUCAGAAUGCAGAAAGGAGUGAGUCUGACUCAGAAGGCGGACUACCCUGCAUACAGACUGAUGAGAGCACAGGCCUUCGACAAUUUGCCUGGGGACAGGAAGCUGGCCCACAGUGCCCAGAUGUACCACUACCAGCAUCAGAAGCAGCAGAUGCUCUCUAUGGAGAAACACAGGGAUGAGCUGAAAAUUCCCGACUCAGGAGCAUCGACAGAUGAGGAGAACGAGGACGGAGACUUCACAGUGUACGAGUGUCCUGGACUGGCCCCUACUGGAGAAAUGGAGGUGAAGAACCCACUGUUUGACGACUCCACCCUUUACCUUCAAAGGAUCCACAAGUCAACCUGACUCGAGACACUUCACUCUGAAUGCAGCAUUGUGUGUAUAAAUAGUAGGCACAGUUACACAUAAUCCUCGUACACUGCUGUGCUCAGGACAGGACGGAGAGUGGAAGGUCCUUAGAGGAGGAGGAGGAUCAAGAGUGAGGCGUUCAUGGACACAGGGCUGGUUUCUGUUUGAGACUGAAGCAGGGACCAAUGCCUCCAACAUUCUGAAUAACUUCAGAGGGGUAACAUACACAAACAUUGAAUGAAAUAUCCUGAGUGAAUAACAAAGCAGAGUCCAGUAACAGACAGGUGUCUGCACCACUGAGCUACCACUAAGACAUUCUGAGUCCAUAGAUUGAUAGGUCACCAUGAAUAUCCAUGUUUAUUGAUAACUAAAUAAUCCUUAAUUGAAUGUGUUCUCACUGCAGGCUUUGAUUUUAUUCACGCAUUUUUAAAUGUGAUUUUAAUAUUUUAUUAACACACCGUGAUCUUUAUCAGUAUGUUAGUUAUGUAACCGUUGUAUCUAGUUCCUCUAUGCAUGAAUUGAUGACGCUGUGUUAUGAAAUCUGAAAAUCAAUAUGCAUUUACAUUUCUUAAGUAUAUAAUAUAAAAUGAUUUCAAAAGAAUUUGGAACCUCUUUACCUAAAACUCUGAAACCGAGUGUGUUUAUACAGUAUCUCUCAAACAUGGCGUGUCUCCAUGGUUUUGUGAUCUGUAAAUAGCUGCUAACAUGUACAGGACAGAGAUCUUGUGUUAGUACUUGUGUUCUGCUAGUUUGUGUCAAAUCUUCAGUUGUUUGUUUCCUUGUUGUUAACUGAAGGGUUUGAAGAGUUCCUACACAUGUGCAAAGGACAGCAAAUGUCUCAGAAAAUAAGUAAUGUCAAGGUUUUGAACAAAUAAUUCACCUAUUAUCUGUGGUGCGUUACAGUUUUUAGUGUAAUAGUUGUGUAGAUAAGAGCGUAGGUAUCAGCACACUGUAUAGCAUUGCUCCCGCACAUUUAAUCCUACCUUCACCAGAUAAAACAUGACAAAGGGACUAGGUAUUUGUAGGUACAAUGCAAAAGUGCCUUAAACUUGCAUUAUUUCUAAUGGCCAGCAGGGGGCGACUCAUGCGGCUGCAAAAACAGGUCGGAUUGUAUAGAACUCAAUGAGAAAAUGACCCUAUUUCUCACUUGAUUUAUUACCUCAGUAUUCCUGAUAAUUAAUAGUAGAAAUGCUGAAUGUUAAAAUGAUGGUACUGUUACUCAUAUGACCUCUUGGAUUCUCUGCUUUUACCUUUACUGAAGCUGCUAUCCUCACCUGGCCUCAGACUUAAUCACCUUCUGGUAAGAAAAGAACACAUAUACAAGCUUAAACCAAAGUUGUGUUAUUUAAUAAAGAGUUAUAGCAUUUAACAGAAUCAAUCUAUUUCCAGCUGGAAAGGACAGAUAACCUUUACCACUGAUGUAGUACAAGAAUCUGACCCUGUUACACAGACAAACAAUGACUUUAGACACAGGAAGAGCAUUCAUUCAGCUAGGUCAUUUACAUUACAGCCUUAAGAAAGGUCGGGGAGCAGACAGAAGGGGAAGUGUAGCAUGGUAAUUCAAACCCUAACAUCCAUAUGAUAAUUGCCUGACAAUGGUCAAGGCGACACCCUUCUGUCUGAGAACAUUUUGUAGUUAGGAAACCUAUAUAUUUAUAUUGAAUUAUUAGACAUUCCCAUGAUACAUUAUUUUAGGACUGGAUGUGAACUAUCUUUCUGUGUACUGUAUGUAUGCUCAUAUUACCCCAGAUGACAUUCAACUUCCAGGUUGGUAUUUGGCCUCAGUGGCAGAUGCUUGUCAGGAAACUGCAGGAACCCUGAUCUAACUCAGGAAAGCUGCACUCUUUAGGCCCCUCUCAGCUCUACCACAUUCAAAGAGAUGGUUGAACUGUAUUAGACCUGGACACAUAUCCACAAUAUGUCAAAAGAAAAAUAUCUACAGCAGAGGCCAGGGAGUAUUAACAGGGGAGAUAUUUAACUAUGUUGUAAGACAGUUUUAUCCAAACAUACUGAACUUGUGGAACAAAACAAAGGGCCAUGUGGGAUGACGAGAAAUUAUACAAUUCUCAUGCUGUUUGCCUUUUCUACAUGUUCUAUAGCUCUGAGUGCAAAGAGCCAAACGGUUGCCUUGUUUUGGUCAUGCUCGCUCCGAUACAGACUGUUUUUCACUACAUUAGUUCUACACACUACGGAGAACUUCUUUACCACCAUGUUUAGCCUGCAUGUAGAUAUACCAGAGCUGAAAUAAAUAUUUAUAUAAUCUGAUGUGAAAAA